GGGCUAGGAAGCAGGGAACUCAGAAGGGAGGCCACGGUGACAUUCUUCGUGGGAGAUGGUAGAGGCGAGGCCAGUAUGGUGGCCGCUGAUGUGAUUGAUGGGCGCUGGUCAGAUUCUAUAUCCUUUGGGAGCUGGUUCACCCUGUCCGCUGUCCGUCCACUGUCCUAGCUGAAGCCUGUGGCCGCGCCACUUGUCACCACUAGGUGGCGCGUCCCGCCUGGGCACGAACACACCCCUUGCACAGUCUACCCCAAAGUUUCCUUUCACUUUCAGACUCUGGCUGUCACCCAGCUUGGUCUUUCCACACCCAGCUGGGGCAAGCCUGGUGCGUGGGGUGAAUGGCUUUCCAGGUCCCCAAGGGGCGGUCCCAGGGUCCCCACUCCCGGGCCGAGGGAGCAGGGUGGGGGCCUGGGGAGGAUUCUGGGGACGGGUUUCUUAGAAGGGAAGAUGACUUUUCACUGUAACUGGGGUUCAUGCAGGAAGCCCGAGGGAGCAGGAGGCGGAAACGUGCCCACAUCAAGGGCGGCAGGACGGGGCGGAGGGGUACAGGGGCCAGCAGACAAGGGGCUGCAGGGUGCGAGGCCUGCCCUUCUGUCCCUUCCAAGACCCUGCCACAGGCAUGAGGGGUCUCCAGCCGAGAUGACAGUGCUGGUGCCAGCCUGGAGCCCAAAUUCUUCCCUGCUGCUGCUGCUGUUGCUGCUGAGUCCUUGCCUGUGGGGGACCCCCGACUGCUACUUCAACCACAAUCCUAUCUCCUCCAACUUCAACAUGAGGAUCCAAAGGCUGACUGACUACCUGCUUAAAGAUUACCCGGUCACGGUGGCCAUCAACCUUCAGGACGAGAAACACUGCAAGGCUUUGUGGAGCCUCUUCCUGGCCCAGCGCUGGGUGGAGCAGUUGAAGACUGUGGCAGGGACUGAAAUGCUGGAGCUGCUGGAGGCUGUCAACACGGAGAUACAUUUUGUCAGGUCAUGUACCUUCCAGCCUCUCCCAGAAUGUCUUCACUUCGUCCAGACCAACAUCUCCCACCUCCUGCAGGACACCUGCAUGCAGCUGUUGGCUCUGAAAUCCUGUAUGGGGAAGGCCUGCCAGAAUUUCUCUCGGUGCCUGGAGGUGCGGUGUCAGCCAGACUUGUCUACCCUGCUGCCCCCAAGGAGUCCUGGUGCCCUAGAAGGCACGGAGCUUCCAGAGCCCCCGUCCAGCCAGCUCUUGCUGCUGCUGCUGCCUCUCACUCUUGUGCUCCUGGCCGCUGCCUGGGGCCUUCGCUGGCAAAGGGCUCGAAGGAGGACGGUGCUCCGGCCUGGGGAUAUGACACUUGUACGGCGUUGACUCAGCCAGGGGCUCAUCUCGAGUUGGGAACCAAAACAAGGAACAAGCUAGGCAAAUACUGUGCUACUGAGCUACAUCCCCUGCCCAGAGGACACAAUGUCCAGGCAUGGUGAUGGACAUCGGUAAUCCAGUGCUUCUGAACUGGAAUGCUGAAGCUGGAGGAUGCUGACUUGAAGAAAGAGAGAGGGACACUGCAGCCCUGUGUGGUUGCCUCUGUCACCCCAGCUCCUUAAAAUAAAGAGCUACUGCUGGGUACGGUGCUGCGUGCCUGUAAUCUUAGUAUUCCAGAGGCUGAGGCAGAGGGGUCGAAGCUUCGAGGCCAGCCUGGGCCACUGAGUGAGAUCCGCCUCAAAGAACAAUGAAAGUGGCAAUGUUGGGGUGGGCCUGGAGCCCAGUGACAGGGCCCUUGUACAAGGAAGGCUCUGGGUUCCCUCUGCUGCUGUCACCGUCACUGGAGCACUUGGGAUAGUCGCUACAUGUUGUAGUUUCCCACUUCUGGGCUUGUUUCUGAAACACACAUUUAUCAGACAUAGUGUCACAUGUCUGUA